GACACACGUGAGGUGGGAUGGAGGAAGAGAAUGAGGAAAAGGGCCAGAGCAUCGAAAGUGGGAUAACUUCUACUCAGGCCAAAACAGUGACUCAGAGUUGUGGCAAGGACAGCGAUGAGUCACAAAGCCUCCAGGAACCAGAUGAGGAAGACCAGGCUGACGGAGGACACUAUGAUGGAGGUGGAGAGCCAAGCCAGGGUGCAGACGAUCAGUGCAGCGGUGCAGAAGUGUUACCAGACAGCACCCUGGUAGCCACAGACACCCAGGACGAUACCGGGUGCCUCCCAUCGUCCUCCCUGCAGACAGAAGAAGAGUUGUCCCCCAUUUCUGUGUUAUCUCAUCCCUCUAACACACAGAAUCCCCCACCUGAACCCUGCUGGUACUGCUUGAGGUCUCUUGACUCCGAGUAUCGCCCUGAAACUACAAAACAGCAGGACGACUCUGAUUCGUCAACGCUGCCCUCUAGUGGUCAAAAAGUGAGCUACCAAACAGACCCUCGGCCACACUUUGGUGUAGCUUGGUCGUCCCACUCGCCGUGUCACCCACUGUGGGGAAGCGAGGGGCCCUGCUGGGGACAGAGAAACCAGGAAGUGCACUAUCAGACACACACCUGUCCACACUGCCAUCUGGACUUGCCCCCUGACACACUACGCUGGCAUGAGGUUUGGCUAAGCUAA